UUGCACAUGUCUGGUUAUCUUCCGAGAAACAUUAACAUUGCAUCUGCUGGAUGUCAGAUGAGUGUCAGGAAGAGACAGGAACUCCUCUGGGACACAAUUCUGAUGGAAAUAUCUCAUUGUAGCUCUCUGAAAACCGCUGGCCCUAGCAGAUUUUUUAUGUAAAAAAUGGGUCUUCCUGCCAAUGUAUCGGUUUGAGCUGAUUCCUGCAACUACGAUGGGGUCUUAACUGCUUGGUAACAGUCAAAAUAUUACCUGACCCAGCAAUGCACUAUAGGCUCUGUUACUACAUGUUACAUAUUUGUCAGCACUUUAUCAGCAACUGCGAUUUGUCCUUUGGUGACGAAAAAAGAUUUCACCUGCCUCUCACUGUCACAGGCACCUUGAAUUAUGACAGGCGCUUCCAACAAGAUUGUCAGCUCAGUGACAUUAAAUUCACAGUUUAUCUCCCAUGCACAAAAAUAUUAUACAAAUUUGAAAUGGGUGUCAAUCCUAUGAUACUAUUUUUUCAAUCUUGGAAAGGUAGCUCCAGGGUUUGUUUCCUCUCGAUCACACAUACCAAAGCUGUUAAAUUACAUCCAACAUGUUUAAGAAAAAUUAUUGCCUGGAGGGGGGACGCUCACUUGUCUUUCAUCGUUGUCGUUUGACUUGGACUGACAGCAGCUCGAGCAAAUCACCACCAUCCCACACAGCCAACCCUUCCAGAAGCCAUGUAUUUAAACCCCACAUGAGGAGUCCACCAGCCUGACUGAACACCAGGACUCCCGAGCAAAGACCUUGAACCCAGCUCUGAGUGCAGAUAUGGCAGACACAAGCAUGCGUAUCAGUGGGGGAGCUGUCAGAUUUGGAGCCACCUAUGGAGGCAACCGUCUGUUUGCUGGAGCCAGAGGCAGUGGCGGUGCUAGCCUGGCUCUGUCCCGUUCUCUCGGCUACGGGAAGGGAGGGGGAGCUGGCUUUGGCUUUGGUGGAGGUCUGGGGGCAGGAGCUGGUGCAGGUCCGGGGCUGGGCUUCGGCGGAGGGGCUCUUGUUCUGGGUGGAGGGUUAGGCUUGGGUGCCGCUGGAGCGAGAGCAGCAGGGUUUAGGGCCGGUUCAGCCGGACUCCGAGCCCGUCUGGGGGGCAGAGUCUUUAAAAUUGGAGGUUAUGGGUUUAAUCCAUCUUUCAUCAGCUCUACCACCAGAGUGGUGUCUGGUGCUGGUCCAGUGCCCAGUAUUGACCCAACACUCCCUUCCCUGGACACAGUUCAGGUCACUCGACUGAGGGAGAAGGGGGAACUGCAAGUCCUCAAUGACAAAUUUGCAAGCUUUAUUGAUAAGGCUCGAUCGCUGGAGCAGCACAAUGCUGUACUCAAAGCCAAGAUUUCCAUGUUUACCAACCCAGAGCAGGGGGGACCCGCCAGCUCUUCCAUCCUUCUCACUUCUGCCAUUGGAACAUAUAAAUUUCAAGUUGAUAGCCUCACAGCUACUAAAGAAGCCAUCAUUGCUGAGAUAGAGCACUACAAAGGCAUUAUUGAUGAUGUUCAGGCCAGGUAUGAGGAGGAAACAUCUCAGACCAAAACUCUGGAAAUGGAUUGGACUACAUUAAAAGAGGAUGUGGAUAACCUCUACCUUACCAUUUUCGAGCUGCAAACAAACAUCAGUGGGGUUGAGGAUCAGAUUGCUCUUUCCAAACAGGUGUACGAUGCUAAAGUGAGAGAGGUCAGAAACAUUGUGACCGGUGGCAUGAAGUCAGCAGUCUCGAUCUCUGUGGAUAACGCAGCCCAGGCACAGGAUCUGACCGCAGCAUUGGCUGAUGUCAAGGAUCACUAUGAAAGUCUGGCUCAACGCAGCAAACAGGACGCCCUGCUCUCAGUACAAGACAGUCUUUCCAUGAUGUCCGUCUCUUCUCAGCCGACUUCUCACACACUCACCGCAGCCAAAGAGGAAUUGAGAGUUUAUAAACUGCAGAUUGACUCUGUCCAUAGGGAGAUCGAGAGGCUCAAAUCCAUGAACCUGCAGCUGGAGUCUCAGGUGGAGGAAGCAGAGUGUCACUCCAAUUCUCACACAGAGACAUACCAGGACCAAGUUCUUACUCUCAGAUCUCAGCUUGAUGAUCUCAGAAAGCAAAUCACUCAUUAUGGUCAAGAAUAUCAGGAACUUCUUGCCAGCAAAAUGUCUCUGGAAGUUGAAAUCACAGCCUAUAAGAAACUUCUGGACAGUGAAGAGAACAGGUUGAAAUCUGGAGGCGGCAUAACCGUGCACAUGUCCAAGACCACCGUCGGAGGAGCAGGAGCCGGAGGUCUGGGUGGAGGUGCAGGUCUGGGUGGUGGUGCAGGUUUUGGUGGAGGUGCUGGUCUGGGUUAUGGAGGUGGAUAUGGCCUGGGGGCAGGUCUUGGAGGAGGUUUUGGGUCCAGCCUAGGACUGGGACUCGGGGGAGGACUAGGCAUUGGAGGAGGUGCCGGAGGUUUUGGGUCCGGCCAAGGACUGGGCCUCGGGGGAGGACUAGGCAUUGGAGGAGGUGCCGGAGGUUCUUUCGGGAGCAGUUUCAUGUCCUCCAGCCUGAGCAGCAGUGCCUUGUCAUCAACAGUUUACUGAAGAUUCACAACCUUCGGUCAAGUGACAAUGUAACGCUGAGGUUUACGUCUGGGGCAGCGAGGAAACCAACCAUCCACUGCACAGAGAACCCUCGCCAUAACAUCACACCCUUUCUCUGCAUUAACACAUUUUGUUAAAGCAAAUACAGAGGACUGAACCACAGCUGUAGUCCCUGUGUUCUCUGGUUAUGUCUGACGAGGCCCUGAAUUCAGUGUUCUUCAAUGUAAUCAUGUUCAUUGCUUUUGGAAGGUUUUGUGUAUUUACAUGCAUAACCUCUUGCCACAAUAAAAAAUCCCUCCUAUCAUACAUACUAUAAUUUUUAAUGUGAUAGGUAAUGUCAAAUAAAUCUCUUGUCUGUUGUUUAAAAGAUGCCAUUUAUUGUUUUUUCAGCUUCCGACUUUAUUUAUUCAAAAUAAACGUGUUUUGUCCCAUAUCAUAGAUUUUUCAUAAUAGUACAUUCAUUAUUUAAAACACA